GAAACAUUGUAAAUGUGUUUAGUAACAGCGAGGCGGUGCCCGUCACUCAGUGUUGGAGUUAUUAGCCUCAGGAACAGAGGAAGUUGUCCUGUGGCAGUGAACGCAUUCGUGUUGUAGUUCGAAAAGCCUACUUCUUUCCUUUGCACGCUUUUUUAAGCGCAGUUCAUAAAGCUGCGGUCAUGGAGUGUCGCGUGUUGUCAAUUCAGAGUCAUGUUGUCAGAGGAUACGUCGGGAACAAGUCGGCAUCUUUCCCGCUGCAGGUGCUGGGCUUUGAAGUGGACUCUAUCAACUCGGUGCAGUUCUCCAAUCACACAGGCUACGACCACUGGAAGGGACAAGUACUGACAGCAGAGGAGCUGAAUGUGUUGUAUGAGGGGAUCAGGCUCAAUAAUGUCAACCAAUACGACUACAUUCUCACAGGCUACAGCAGAGACGCCUCCUUCCUAGAAACAGUGGUGGACAUAAUCCAGGAGCUGAAGAAAACCAAUCCAAGUCUGAUUUAUGUUUGUGAUCCUGUUAUGGGAGACCACGGUUCUAUGUAUGUUCCAGAGAAUCUAUUGCCGGUCUACAAGGACAAAGUCGUUCCAUUGGCUGACAUUCUCACCCCCAACCAGUUUGAAGCAGAGUUGUUGACUGGAAGGAGAAUUAACACAGAGGAAGAUGCUGUUGAGGUGAUGGAGCUGCUUCAUAAAAUGGGUCCAGGAACAGUGGUCCUCACUAGUACCGAUCUUCCCUCUAAACAAGGGGACCAGUUUCUGGUGGCCUUUGGAAGUCAAAAGAUCGUGAAACCAGAUGGGACAAACACCAGUCAGAAAAUCUGCCUGGACAUCCCCAGAGUGGAUGCUGUCUUUGUGGGGACAGGCGACCUGUUUGCUGCUAUGCUGUUGGCAUGGACUCAUCAACACCCGAAGGACCUGAAGACGGCCUGUGAGAAGACGGCGUCAGCGAUGCACCACGUCAUUAAGAGGACCAUGACCUACGCCAAUGAAGUCGCUGGCCCUGGGAAAAGGCCUAGUCCUGCACAGCUGGAGCUGAGGAUGGUUCAGAGCAAAGCUGACAUCGAGAAUCCUGCCAUCGUCGUUGGAGCCAAGGUUUUACAUGAGCCUUCGCACUAAAGGCAGCAGUGUUUUUAUAAACACAGUGGUAAUGUGGGUGUUCAGUCAGACGAGUUUCUCUUCAAAGACUGUGUCACAUGUUUAAGCCUUAUUCUCUGAGGGAGUGCGAGUAUGUCACCUCUCAUGUUAUUGACUUGAAGUUUGAUCACAGAUCACUAGAAUCACUAAAAUACAUUGGUAAUUCCAGUUGCAGCAGAGUUCUCACAUCAAUGUGUAUUGUAUUUUAACUUGCAUCUUACAAUCAGAAUUUUAUUUCUAUAUAAAUGCAGUUUAUUUUACUGUUUUAAAAGAUAAUCAAAUUGUCAUUUUAGUGUCAAUCUCACCAACAAUUGUUGCCAAAUUAAUUGACUUCCUUUUUAAUCAUGCACUGAUUUGUAGAAGUCGCUAGUUGUGUGACACGUUAGGUCUUAAACAUCUCAAAUUAAGGUAAGAUGUUAAUAUGUUUACUAACGAUUGUUGAUUGUCAUAUCUUUGUUGUUCAAACACACUGUAUAAUAUCCUUAACAGGAUUAUGGUGAAAUAACUUUUUGUGUUCUAAUGUAAUCCCAGAUUCUCACGUUAGAAAUGUGAGUGCCAGUCCUGGAAUAGCUGCUCUAAUAUAGAUGAAUAUAUGACCAGAAAUAAAUGAUCGAUCUUUUACUGAAAC